GUGACUUCAAGGGCUGAAGAAGGGAUAUUUUCUAAAGAUCUGAGAGAAAGCAGAAGCUGUGUAAUCUCGAAACUCAUCGUCCGCAUCCGACAUCUGAGUCUGGAAGAGAGAUACGUAGCCAUGGAGACAAGAACUUUGGCAAUGGCAAUGUUGCUGUUCACUGUUGUUGCAUCCGUUUCUAGGGUUUCUUCAGCUUCUUCUCCAGAAGCCGCCUUUGUUCAGAAGACCAUCUCUUCCCACAAGAUCGUCAUCUUCUCCAAAUCCUACUGCCCGUAUUGCAGGAGGGCCAAGUCUGUGUUCAAAGAGCUGCAUCAGGUUCCUCAUGUUGUCGAGCUUGAUGAAAGAGAGGAUGGGUCGAGCAUUCAGAGUGCAGUGGCCGAGAUGGUAGGAAGGCGUACUGUACCGCAGGUUUUCAUAAACGGAAAGCACAUCGGAGGCUCAGAUGAUACAGUAGAGGCAUACGAGAACGGGGAACUGGCGAAGCUUCUUGGUGUUGCUGAGGACAUAAAAGAAGAUCUCUAAGUUAAAAAAAUGGUUAGAAGAAUUGCUACCAAUGUCUUGCGUAGUGGAGUUAUACGCAAUUCUCGACUACUUCAAUCUUUACGUGUUUGGAAUUAAAUGCAGCUAUCGGGUUUAAGCUUUAACGGAUCCGAUAAUUUCAAUAGCUUCAGCAGAUAUUUCCAGUUCCUUUACGCAUUCAGUCUCUCUUGACAAUGAGUUUCCAGAAGCAUAAUAAAAAUGUGACCCUUUCAUAGUA